AUGGCAAUGACCAUUAGAGCCAUGGAUGUUGGGGAAGAAAGCAAAACGAAGCCAUUGAGGAAGAGAAGCUCUUACAGGAUUAGCCUUUCGGCUAGCUUACCGGAAGAUGUUUGUGGUGAUUUCUCAGGUGGUACUAUCUGUGCAGUUAAGCUCUCUAUGGAUCCAUUUUCAGACAUGAGAGCUUCAGUAAUAGAGAUGAUUCAGAAUGUGGGUGUUCAUGAUUGGGAUGAAAUGGAAGAGUUGGUCUACUGUUACAUUGCCCUCAACUCUCCAGACCUUCACGACAUCAUUGCAAAUGCAUUUCUUAGUUUGUGUUGCUAUUAG